AAAGUCCGCCGGCGGCUGUCGCGCGGCACAGUGACGUCAUGUCCGCUGCGAGGUCGUCCCUGCUGCUGCUCGUGUGCUCGGCCGCUGUGAUGGCCGUCCCCAGAGACUGCUGCCGGAUGCCGGCCGAGACGGGUCGCUGCUACGCCUACUUCCCGCGCUACUUCUACGACACCGACAAGCAGCGCUGCGAGCCGUUCGUGUUCGGCGGCUGCGGCGGGAACUGCAACAACUUCCAGACCGUGGAGGCGUGCCAGGUUCAGUGUGUAGCCGCCAGGGAGCAGCGCUGAGCCAGCCUCCACCGCCAUCUUGCUACCCCGUGCCACCUGCCAGUCACUACAGUGGAAUUUUUGUUUUUUGUAAAUCGAAAAUAAAUAUUCAUGUAAAAUUACAAAUAUUUGUAAAUUGUAAAACUGGGUUCUUACACGCGUAUUUAUGUUUUGUAUUGUCCCAGUGCCUCCAAUAGUUAAACGUUAUUUGUUAGCCGUUCCUUGGAUAUCUUAACAAAGUAAUUUAUAAAAUUAGGUCAAAUUUUUUUUAAAUAUUCGAGUGCCUUUUCCACGGUUUAAAAAAAAUGAGUCCAUUUUCGUAAGAACUACUGAGUAUUAUCUCGAAAAACUUAUUUUAUUCAGGCAAAAACAACCACAGCCAUGUACUGUACAAAGUUACAAUAUAUUUCUUGCAGUUUAUCAAACUAUUUCUUAACAACUUAUUUCCAAAGGAAUCUUUUGUAUAAGUGCAGAAUAUUUUUUUUUUUCUGUGUUCCACUCGCCCAUACUAUUUCUAUAACAGAAGGCCUGAUGACAUCUUGGUACACCAAUGCGGUUCAUUUUGAUUUUGUUUUAUAUAAAUUAGGGGUUUAAUUAUUUUUGUUUUACUUUGAGAUACAUGUUUUAUAUAAAUGAGUUGUUAAAAUUAUGUUAAAAAUAUUUAACAUGCGCUAUUGCUGGUUACAUUUAGAGAUAUUAAUUCAACUUUUUUACAUUGAUUUUGGCUUGUUUACUGUGUGUUUGCAUAUUCAUAAUUUUUGUCCGUUGAGAUUUCUCUAUAACAUACAGCGUAAAUAGGAUUGGCAUAUGUUUAAAAAAAAUUCAAAGAUGAAUCUCCCGCAAUGCAAGAAACAUCCAAAGAACGAAAAUUCUGUUGUUGAGAUACCUGAAAUAUUGCCGUCCAUGGCUUGUUGCAAGGAAUUUAACUUGCGCAUUUUUAUAAUAUAAUGAUAAAAAAAACGAAACGAAUGUGUCUGCAUCAUAAUUAACGCUAUAUUUUUCAUAAACGUGGUACAAUUAAUAAACACAGUAUUUCAUUUAAGCAUUUGGUAUCUUAUUCAAUUUUGAAGAAACUAACUUUCAAGAGGGCUGACAACUAUAUUCAGUAAAUAGAUGGAAACUUGUGCCCUUUUGAGCUUGUCGAUUAUCACCUCUGCAAGAGAUUUUCGUCUGGAAUUGCUGUUUGUUUGCUUCGGAAUGUUUGUGUGUAUUAUUCUUUUAUUGUAUAUGUAUUUUUGGCCUUACUGCCUCUGUAAUCACAAUACUUAUUGAAUAAAUAGCAUUUUUGAAAACCAAAA